AUGAGGAUCACAGAAAAUAGGCAAAAGAAACUCAGGCAAUACAUUGGUGCACCAAAAAGACUUCUGCGCAAGGCCAGAGAUUUUUACAUCGACGCAAUGGUCAGCUUCGAUGGUAGAGUUGCACCCACCAAUAUUAUGGGCUAUCCAACUCUGCAGACGCCACCAAAAAACUUUGGUCGAACGCCCAGCAAAGCAAGCAACUACGAUAAAUUUGAAGAGCUUUGUAAAUCGAUUGCCAAGAAAUUUAAUUGGCACAGCCCAGAAUCUAAUAAUGUUCGUCUGAAUGAGAGAGAGCAAAGAUUUCCUGGGUAUAAUGGUAUGGACAGAAGUUACAGUGUUACCUUAGGUAAAAUUGGAACAAUCGAUGAGGACGAGCCUUGUGACUUCCAAGAGCAUAUCAUCAUGAAGAGUGAGAUCGUAAUGCCAAGAUGCAGAAGCCAUGCAGUUACAAGAGGGAACGUGUAUUAUUAG